AUGGACCCCGUCGGCGCAGCAGCUUCGGUUUUGACACUCCUGGACGCAGCCAUCAAGACGACGAAGCUGAUCAACCGCUUUGUCCACCAAUAUCGUGAUGUACCAGCUGAGAUCACUAGGCUCAAGCAUAAAGUUUCGGUUUUGAGAAGUCAACUUGUGCUACUUCGAGCAGUGGAAGAUGCACUUGGAAGAAAUAGCUUUGAAUUGGAUGACGUCGAGGCCUCGAUUACCUUGGAAGCAUUUGUGCAACGCCUGAUCAUUAUAUUUUCAGAAAUAUGCGGACAUCUGGAAGACCAUUGUCUUACUGAUGUCUCGGGAAAGAGAAGCAAGCUGAAGUGGGCUUUGCUUGAUGCUUCGAAGAUUGAGAAAUGGGAAUGCGAAAUUCAGCAACAUUCAGCCGAGCUCGGUAACAUACUAAUGUUACUCAAUCUACGCAGUUCAACUUUACUACACUCCAAAUUCGAAGACUCAAAACCAAUCCUGGAAACAACUUUCUUGCCGGCGAAGGUCCAGCUACAGGACAAAAUCCAUCUCAUGCGGACUCUCUAUUACUUCGGUAAUUGGGCAAUUAUACCCUUCAUAGCGAGACUUCAAGGACUAUCAUCAAAGACAAGAAGAGGCAACCUCUACACCUACAACUUUUCUGUGCACCUGCAGGCUUUAUUUUGCCUCAAAGUCAUUUAUUUAGACUUCAAGAUAUGCCAGCCCUCAUUGUUCUCUCUAGGAAACGCAACUUUUGGCAUUGACCUCAAGGUCAGGACGCUGGUUGAAGAAGAUUCCGAGGUCAUGCUGGCAAGUAAAAGAGGUGACACCGAAGCAGUAUGGACGCUUUUCCAAGCAGGCAAAGCAAGUGUUCGUGACGUGACUCCAGCGAAUCGGUCACCUCUGCGAUACGCAAUUGAAAGUGGUUCUACUGACCUGGUCCGCUAUUUGAUCAACAACGGAGCAGACGUGAACGAAUACUGCGGUUUCAUGCAGACGAACCUCAUCCAAUGCGCAUUUGCUUUCUCUUACAUCGAAAUCGCACGGCUACUAAUAUCAAACGGUACUGAAAUCCACCACAUAAAUGCCACGGGAUGGACACCAGCAUUCCACAUCUUCGGCACUGCACCAAACCCAAUCCUGAGAUCAUCCUGCGAGUGUAUCGAGAUGCUCUCUGCGGCGUCGUUCAAUGAUUUUGAUACUCAAGAUACAGAGGGCUGGACAUGCAUGCACCGCGCAGCUGCGUACGGCUGUGCAAAUGAUAUCAAAUUAUUAGUCAAACUCAACGUUAGCACUACAAUCCAAACCAUCAAGGUCUGCUGGACGCCAAUAUUUUGUGCUGUGCAUUUUGGCAAUAUAUCGACUUUUGAGGAGCUGCGACGAACAAAUCCCGACUUUUUGGCUUUGAAGGAUGUAAGGAGAUGGACACUACUGCAUGUCGCUGUAAAUGCGAAGCGGGUGGAUAUGAUUGCUCAUCUGAUUAGUCUUGGAGCUGAUCCAUAUGCUACGAGUCUUGCUACUCAGUUCUUGGUUCCAGUGGAUUUGAAGGGUGGAUCUGUUACACCGGGUGACAUUGCGGUCUUGAGAGGGGAGAAUAUACUGAAUGCGUUUAUAGCGGCUCUGGCAAAUUGUGGCCAUGAUGUAGAGGUCUAUCGAGAUGGUGGAGAGGUUGAUAUAUUUUGGCCAGCUGUAGAAGUGAUUCCAGAUUCUGUAAGUACUAGAAGGACAUGA